AUGCAACAGAGUGGCUAUAGCGGCUAUGACCAGCAGCAAGGCACCUACGGUCAGCCUCAGCAAUAUGAACAACAGCAACAGCAUCAGCAGUAUGCGCAACAGCAACAAGGAGGCUACAAUCAGCAGCAGCAGUAUGUCCAACAGCAACAAGGAGGCUAUGACCAGCAGCACCAGCAGUACGGCCAACAGGGAGGUUACGACCAGUAUAGUCAGCAACAACAGGGAGGAUACGAUCAGUAUGGACAGCAAGGAGGCUAUCAUCCAGGCAUGCAACCACACGAGUGGGACUUUCACGCCAUGGAAGCCAAGGACGGCGUACGUUUUUCUUGGAAUUCGUGGCCUUGCACUAAGCUGGAGCAAACACGCUGCGUGAUGCCGACAGGUUGUCUGUACCAGCCUUUGAAGCCAAUUGAUGGAAUGCCGCCUGCCGUGGAGUACGAUCCUAUCCAUUGCAAGGCCUGUGCCGCCGUGCUUAACCCUUUUUGUCAGGUCGACUUCGUCUCCAAGCUUUGGGUUUGUCCCUUUUGCGUGACACGCAACCACUUUCCUCCACAUUAUGCCGAGAAUAUCACGCAAGAGAAUCUUCCAGCUGAGCUUAUUCCAGAAUAUACGACACUGGAGUACGAGCUGCAAAAUCGCCAAGCCGGACCUCCCGUAUUCGUCUUUUGUAUUGACACGUGCGUUCCUGAGGAGGAACUUGAAGAGCUUAAGGAUUCUAUCCAGCAAACACUCAACCAAUUACCUCCUGAUGCUCUUAUUGGUCUCGUUACCUUUGGCACUAUGGUGCAUGUUCACGAGCUAGGAUUCCCCGAAGUACCAAAGUCUCAUGUCUUCCGAGGUAACAAAGACUUUACUGCUCAGCAGGUUUACGAUAUGUUGGGCUUGGCUUUGGCACGAAAGCAGCAGCAAGCGAUGGGCCAGCCGCAACAACAGCAAACUAGCAACUCGGCUCGUUUUCUUCUCCCAGUGUUUGAAUGCGGUUUUACACUUGAAUCCAUUUUAGAGGAUUUACAGCGUGAUCCGUGGCCCGUGGCAGCCGAUCAACGACCACAACGAUGCACGGGUGUUGCCAUGUCAGUGUGUGUCGGUCUUCUCGAGGCCACAUUCCGUGGCCAAGGAGCCCGUAUUAUGAUGUUUGUUGGCGGACCUCCUACAGUUGGCCCUGGUGCUAUUGUCAGCCGUGACCGCAAGGAGGACAUUCGCUCGCACACUGAUUUGCAGAAAGACAAGGCGCCGCUCACCAAGAAAGCGCUGGCGCAUUACGACGAUCUGGCUGCCCGCUGUGUGGCCUCAAGUCACGUGGUGGAUAUAUUCGCAUGCUCUCUCGAUCAAAGUGGUGUGAUGGAGAUGGCAGCUUGUGUACAAAAGACUGGUGGUGUGAUUGUACUUGCCGACUCAUUUGGUCAGUCUGUUUUCCGCGAGUCAUUCCGACGCAUGUUUAGCAAGUUUUCGGAUGAAGCAGCAGAUUGCGAUAAGGACCAGCUUACCAUGGCUUUUGCAGCUUCGGUGGAGGUGCUUACAAGCCGUGAGUUUAAGGUGGCGGGUGCCAUUGGUCCUUGCGCUCCGUUAAAGCGCCAGGGUGCGGCGCCAAAGAACGUAUCUGAGAUAGCGAUUGGUGUCGGUGGUACAAACGCUUGGUCAAUGGGCGGCAUUGAUCCCAACACCACUGUCGCUAUUUACUUUGACAUUUCGAACCAGACUCCGCUGGCACCCGGGAAGGCUCGCUACAUACAGCUGAUUACGCGUUACCAGCACGCGAGUGGGCGUUAUCGCACCCGUGUGACCACAAUCUGUGGUCCUUGGACGGUGGAUCCGAACGACACACUGACGCUAGGACGUGGUUUUGAUCAAGAGGCAGCCGCUGUUUUAUUAGCACGUAUUGCUGUGCAUCGCUCGGAGCAAGGUGAAGAGCAGCUUGACAUUAUGCGGUGGAUCGAUCGGUCACUCAUCCGUCUGGCCUCUCGUUUUGCCGAGUACCGCAAGGACGAUCCAUCCUCUUUCCGGCUGUCACCAGAGUUUGCUAUCUUCCCUCAGUUUAUGUUUCACUUGCGACGAUCGCAGUUUUUGACGGUGUUCGGUUACUCACCCGAUGAGAGUUCGUACUACCGUCACUGCUUGCUACGCGAGAGCACAACAAACUCACUUGUGAUGAUUCAGCCGUCGCUGCUGUCAUACUCGUUUAAUGGUCCACCUGUGCCGGCUCUGCUUGAUGCUGCCAGUGUACGGUCCGAUACAAUUUUACUGCUGGACUCUUUCUUCUAUGUGGUGGUAUUCCACGGUGAUACGAUUGCUGCAUGGCGUGACCAAAAAUUUCACGAGGAUCCUGCUCACGAGAAUUUCAAAAACUUGCUGGAGGCUCCACAAGCAGACGCGCAGCUUAUCAUGGAUUCUCGCUUUCCUGUUCCACGUUAUGUGGUAUGUGACCAGCACAAGUCGCAAUCGCGUUUCCUAAUGGCUAAGCUUAACCCUAGUGUCACGCACAACAGCAUGGAUGGUCAGGGCGAAGUUAUUUUUACGGACGACGUAAGUUUGAAGGUGUUUAUGGAGCACUUGAUGAAUUUGGCCGUCAAGUCAUAG